AUGCUUGAUGAUUUCAAAGCACAACCCCACCAAUCGGCUGAGACACGGGGCAAGCCUUCAUCGUCCAACAUCAUGUCCCCCACCAAGCAAGGCCGCAAAAUCGCCAUUGUCGGCGCGACAGGAUCAGUCGGCACCCCAACGCUCGAGGGCCUGAUCGCCCAGGGCAUCCACACCAUCACCGUCAUCACGCGGCCGGACAGCACCAACAAAAUCCCCGAGGCCGGCGUCGCCCGCGUCGAGCGUGGCGUCGCAUCCGACUCGGACUUUGCCGUCCGCGUCCUCAAGGACCAAGACGUGCUGGUGAUGCAGCUCGGCGUGGGCGCCAUGGGGGACCAGCCGCUGUGGAUCGAGGCGGCGGCCAAGGCCGGGGUGCCGCUGGUGGUGCCUACCGAGUUCGGCAGCGACCCGGACCCCGAGUCGCGCAUCGUCCAGGAGGUGCCCAUGCUCAGCGGCAAGAAGCCCGUGCGCGACCUGAUCGAGGAGCGCGGAAUGGCCUGGUUCGCCAUGGUCAACAACCCGUGGUUCGACUGGUCGCUGCCAAAGGGCCUGUGGGGCUUCGACGUCGCCGCCCGCACGGCCAGGCUGUACGACGGCGGGAGGACAAAGUUCCCCACGACCAACAUCGGCACCGUCGGCAAGGCCACGGCCGGUCUGCUGUCGCUGCCCGACGCGGAGCUGGCAAAGUUCCGCAACAAGCCCGUGUUUCUCAAGUCGUUCUACAUCACGCAGAGGGACGUCUUGGCCAGCCUGCUAAAGGCGACGGGCACGGAGGAGAAGGACUGGAAGAUUGAAGAGGUCGACUCGGACAAGUUCAUCGAGCAGGGGGUGAAGGCGGGCACUGAGCUCGACUUCAUAUCUGCAUUCUAUGCCAUGCACAUGACGGAGGGACGUGGAGGAGACUACAGCCACAAGAUUGGGGAUAACAUGGAGCUUCUGGGAGCGGUUGAGAAGGAGACCCUCGAUGAGACUGUGGCGAGGGCUAUCAAGGGCAUUUAG